GUACGGGCAUGAUGACGCCGGAUGAGGCUUGGCCUGAUAGGGAGGACUUGGUCGCGCUCUUGCAGGAUCACAGAGUGGGCGGUUGCAAAGUGGCGGCAAGGGGGCCGCCACUUACCGACAUGGGCUACAUUCGCUAUGCGGAGGUUCCGGCGGCGAGGGGGAAUCCUGACCUGGUGGGCCAGUUCCGUCAGCAGGUCGGCAACGACGUCUUCCAGAUACGGCGGCCGUCUGCCGCCAAACCGCCGUGGGAGGAGGCGGGAUAUGUCGGGCAGAUCCGUACCAUGUGGGAUCACUACAGACGUAUGAAGCAAAUCAUUGCUGAUGGGACCAACAGACGUUCCUUCCUGCGCAGCGUCAUUGAAAAGUGGCGCAGAGCUCAGUUGAGGACCAAGGAAGGCGCGCUCAUGACACCGGGGGCUGAGGCGGAGGCGUUGUGCGACUUUUGGAAGGCGGUCAAUGGCAGCGAGAAUGAGAGUAACAUUACAAUCAUGACGGGUUACAACUUUGCUGGGGAAGAAAUUGCGGAGGCUAUUCGGGGAUUGCAGGCUAACAAAUCUGCGCCGCAGCACUGCGCUCCACACGUCUUCUGGAAGUUAGCCGCUGAGCCAAUUGCGGACUACAUGGAGGAUCAGGUGUUUGGGAAAUGGCGACGGGGCAGGGCGGAAGUACCUGGUGACUGGGCGGCGGCGUGGCCCAUUACACUUCUUGAUCCCAUGGGUAAGGCUGUGUGUGGGGUGUUGAAGACGCAUCUCGUUCCAUAUCUGAUGGACAAAGCGACGUACCUUCCACUGUUUGGUUACAUACAGCAGCGAUCGCCGCAGCAGGCAUUGGAGUUGGUGUUUGCCCACUGCGCAGAGGCGCGAGAUCUAGCAAAGGCACAGACCAGGUCAUUGUACGAGCUACGCUCAGGUAAAGUCCGCAGUCAAUGUGCGGGCGGACUGCAGAUCAGCAUCGACUUCUCUCAGGCCUUCGAUCGAGCUGAUCGAGGUUUACUUUUCCAGGCCCUGACCUUUCUGGAGGUGCCUGCUGACCUUCAAGAGCUCAUCAAGCGCUGGGCGCAGGCCACCACCUUCCAUAUUCACAAAGCAGACACGCAGUGCUCGUAUUCCUCUGACAAGGGUAUUCGGCAGGGAUGUAAACUCAGUCGCACGCUUUGGUGUUGUCUGAUUGUCUACAUCCUGAACCGGAUUGAUCAAACUCUGGGUACGCCGUGGAGUCAACAACACUUGGUUGGAUUUGCGGAUGACUUGCAUCUCCGAUGGCUCUUCAGUGACAGGUCGGGUAUCAAUUCGGCAUUGCAGGAGGCGGGAACAGUCCUCAGUCUUCUCGAGGAUAUAGGCUUUCUGCUAAGCAGGGACAAGACGGUUUGCUUAUUGAGAGCGGAAGGAGUCCAGGUCCCACACAUGCUGCGCAAAUUGGUACACAAGAAGAACAAGCAAGAGGAACGUAUCCUGUGUAUUGACGGUAGGUGGCAACUACCGCUACGCAAACAACAUGUGUACUUGGGAGCUAAGAUCUCGUAUGGAGCGUUUGAAUUGCAAAAUGCACAACAUCGCAAGCAGGCUGGGCAGGCGGCGUUUGCCAGAUUGAGGCCAACGCUCAUGUCACAAAGAGCUCUAUCCUUGACGAAGCGGCUUCGACUGUGGCAGGUCUUCGUUGUGCCGGCUACCCUUUACUCGCUGGGAGCUUCAGGGCUCACGAAGCAGGCUUUUGACAUCAUCAGGGUGAUGUUUGUGAGGCAGAUUCGGGCGAUCGCGCGCAGUCCCAGGCACUUGACUGAGGAGAGCGACCAUGCUUUGUUAAGCAGAUUGAGCAUGAUGUCACCGUACAAUAUGAUCAGGUUGCAGCAGCAACGUAUCUUUGACACCACGCAGAAUAUCCUAUGGACAGGUGACGGCAGCGACUUUAGAGUACAUCCGACCAUUGUACAGAGGGAAAGACAGCUAUUGGAUAUGGUGCAGGCACUCGCAACUGACAGCGAGAAAGAUCAGGCGGGUAUUCAUUCAUGUCAAUGCGAUCAGUGCGACAAAACCUUUGACAAUGAGGCCGCACUGCGGGCUCACAAGGCAAAGAUGCACAGUGCAGAGCGCAUGAGUGCGGCGCCCACCGUAUUUGAUAGACAGGUGCAUGGGACGGAUGGAAUGCCCAAAUGCAGUGGAUGUGGACAUGCCUUUGAAAGGUGGGCGGACCUGCAGAAGCAUAUUGAGGAGAAUCACUGUCAAGGACGGAUCCCAAUUGCUUCUGAGCAGGUCAAGUCGGUAAUGACAAGGACUAAGGAUGGUGAACUUGACCUCGCACAGAUAUACUGA